ACAAUAAAAAAGUUGACGGUCAUAAAACCCCUCUCCUCCCUCUCUCUCUCUACAAUACCUUAACAAAAGUGAACAAAAACUUUUCUCUCUCCUCAUGGAACCUGGAGCUUCAGAAUCUGCAGCAGAAUUACCAGACAAUGUGUCAGAGUCAUCUAGGGCUUCUGUGAGUUCUCAGGACCAUGAAGAUCUCCGAGACUCAACUGACAAAUCUGUUCAAGACCGCAAAGAAGCCGAACUCCAGGCAUCAUCAGCAAGAAGUGAAGAAUACAGGCUCCUUUUUCAUCUUCCUGCUGAAGAAGUUCUUGUUCAGGAUUUCAACUGUGCCUUCCAAGAGAAUAUUCUUCUCCAGGGUCAUAUGUACUUAUUUGUGCAUCAUGUCUGCUUCUAUUCGAACAUUUUUGGAUUUGAGACAAAGAGAACUAUUCCUUUUCAAGAUGUCUCGUGUGUUCGUAAGGCAAAAACAGCAGGAUUCUUUCCUAAUGCCAUAGAGAUUGUGGCUGGAGGGAAAAAGCAUUUCUUUGCAUCAUUUUUAUCGCGCGAUGAGGCAUAUCGGCUUAUUGUUCACGGAUGGUCACUCCAUAGUGAUGAUGCAAAACUCCUUCUUGAUUGUCAGGAGUUAAAAACUGAAUCCAGCAAUCAAGAUAAUAUACUUCUGUUUUUUGAUCGACUUAAAACUUUUAAACUGGUUGGAGCUGCUGAGAUCGACUCUGUGGACAGGAGUAACAACGAAACCCAACUCUUCGAAGAGUCGAUUAAGCUUGAAAACAACGAUGGUAAUAGCAGUGAAGCUCCUGAUGAAAAUCUUUCAGAAGUUCAGGUGAUAAGGGAAGAAGAACCUGCUUUGGAGUCUUCAAAUAUGCCAUCCAUGGGGGCUUUGGCUUGGAAACCAGAAGAUGUUGAUGCUCCAAAAAUACCUGAACAUUAUAAGAUGGUUGCUGAAUCAAAAUUUUCAAUUUCAGUUGAGCAAUUCUUCCAACAUUUUUUCUCGAAUAGUGCUGUCGGGUUUGUGGAAGCGUUCCAUAACAGGUGCGGAGACAAAAAUUUCAAGUGUACUUCUUGGUACGAGCACGAGCAAUUUGGACAUGCUCGUGAUUUCUCCUUUCAACAUCCUAUAAAAAUAUAUUUCGGUGCCAAAUUUGCUAACUGUCAGGAGGUCCAAAAGUUCCGAGUUUACAAAGACAGCCAUUUGGUUGUUGAGACCUCACAACAAAUGAGUGAUGUACCUUUUGGUGAACAUUUUCGAGUUGAGGGACUCUGGGAUGUGCAGAAAGGAGAUAAUGAGGAAAGUGAAUGUUGCACACUGCGAGUGUACGUGAAUGUAGCAUUUUUAAGGAAAGUCAUGUUUAGAGGGAAAAUUGAGCAAGGAACAAGUGAAGAAUGUCGGGAAGCUUAUGCACUUUGGAUUGACCUUGCACAUGAUUUGCUCAAGCGAUUGCAAAUCGAAAAUACUAGAACAUCAGAAGGGGUUGCAAGCCUUGUAACUGACAAUGCAAAUGCCUCUGAUACCAAUGUUGAUGUGGAAACUGUUGCAGCUCUAAAGAUCCCACAGUCAGCUUAUGAUGCUGUGGUUAAGGAUGCUAUUUCACCGAAACCAGCAAAUCAACAAGAAUCAAGCAAUCUUUCCUCCAUUACAUCACUUCUUAGAGAGUUAUGCUCGUCUUUCUACGAGUAUCUCAAAUCCCAAAGCAGCUACCCUGCAUUGAUUAUUGUAAUCUUACUCCUCUGCAUCCUAGUUCUUAUGCAAGUAAGCAUUGUAGUUUUAUUAACCAGAGGUCCAAAAAUACAUAUGAUUCCUCAAGAGAGCUACAUGAACAGCUUUGGUGGUGAGAGAAAGGAGGCCAUAGCUUGGAUGGAGAAGCGAGUCCACCACCUCAAGGAGGAAAUUUUCUUCAUUGAAGCCAGGUUAGAUAAAAUGAGGCAUGAAUAUGAACUCCUAAAAUCACAUUUGCAGGGUCUUUUAUAGAAUGAAACUUACAAUACUUCCCUAUAAGUUCUUCCUCAAGAAAAGAGAAAAAGGCCAUAAAGAAUUUCUUUUUCAUUCUUUGGAGAGCUAAAUGUAGCAAGGGGAAGCUUGUUUUUUUUACCAACAGAAAAAAAGAAAAACGUUGUGAAUAUUCAUCACUGUAAUAUCUCUACUUGAAAAGUUCAUGGCGCUGUACUUAUCAUGAAAUGAAGAGUCAUGUCAAUAUAUGUUUGUUUGAUCGUU